AUGCCAAACGGUGAUACAUCAAAAACCGAACAAAAGAUGACUAUUUUUCAAGCGUCUCAAAUGACGGAAUUUUCGCCAGAAACAGACAGUUUUUCUGAAUGGAAAGAGCGCUUAGAAAUCCAUUUCACCGACAUUGAUGUGACAUUGGAGCCAUCAAAAAAAGCAACGCUGUUGAAAAGUAUCGGCCAAGCGAUAAAAAAAUAUGACGAACUGUGCACGCUGUUGGAAGAGCAUUUUAUGCCACCGGUAAUGAUUUAUCGGGAACGAUUGAAUUUUUACACCGCAUCGAAAAAUUCAGAUGAAUCAGUCAAUUCAUGGUACGCACGCGUUAAAACAUUAGCGCUGAAAUGCAAAUUUGCCAAUUUGGACGAAGCUGUACGUGACCGAUUUAUCAUGGGAAUGGCCAACAACGAGAAAUUGUUUGAGAAAUUUUGCGAAGAGGACGAGAAGCUGACGAUAGCCACGGCAUUGAAGAAGGCGCUCAUAUACGAGGUGAAACUCAAGGGUAACUCAAUGUCAACUGAUGUAAACUUUGUCCGAGGCAACAACAGUAGCGGGACUCAACGCAACAGGCGAUCUAACGGACAUCACCAGAAAAGGGAUGCAUGCAAACAUUGUGGCUGGAGGACACACAAAUCACAAACUUGCAAAUUUAGAGACGCUACUUGUGAUAAAUGCGGAAAAAAGGGACAUUUAAAGCCGAUUUGCCGCUCAAAAGAGAAGAAUUUAUCGACAAAUUUUUGUACUCAAGUUGGACCGACAUGUGGUGAUGGAACGGAUUGGUAUUCCAUUUUUAAUAUUUCCGGGAGCCGUAAGUCAAAUACUUUCGAUUUAACUGUGUACAUCAACGGUAUCCAAUUCGAUGUGGAAUGUGACACUGGGUCUCCGAUUUCGUUGAUGCCCUUAACUCAAUACAGGAAGCAUUUUGACACGCGUUGUUUAAAGCAAAACACAGAAAAAUACGAUGACUACGGUGGUCAUGGAAUAGAAAUUAUCGGUGAGUUUUUACCAAACAUAAAAUAUCGAGAUCAAACUGAGGAAGUAGAAAUGGUAGUCACGAAUGUUAAUCGACCAAUUUUAUUAGGGAGAAAUUUUCUUCGGGUUUUCAACUUUGAAUUAAGACAAGUUAACGCGAUGUCAAGUUCGAGCUCAACCGUUUCAAAUCAGAAGAAUUCAGUCAAUCCUGUUCCAAUUCAAAAUUUUGCAUCUAAUUUAGAUAAUACAAAUGUUUAUAAUACAAUUGUUCAAAAAUUAAAAACGACUUUUAGUGAAGUUUUUGAAGAAGGUUUAGGUAAAUUUACCAUCUCGAAAGUACAUUUAGAGGUCAUGCCGGGCACGAAACCAAUUUUUUGGAAACCGCGUGCGUUGCCGUUCGCAUGGAAACCAAUUGUUGAACAAAAACUAAAUGAAUUUUGUGAUUCUGGUAUGAUGGAACCAGUCGAUAACGCCGAUUGGGGAACACCGAUUGUGCCAGUGAUGAAACCAAAUGGUGAUUUACGCAUCUGUGGUGAUUUUAGCGUCACUCUUAAUAAAUUUUUGGUAGAUUUCAAAUAUCCAUUGCCCCGUAUUGAGGAGAUUUUCGCUUCGCUGCAGGGUGGACAGUUGUUCAGUAAAUUGGAUCUAUCGAAUGCGUACAAUCAGUUAGAAUUAGACCAUGAAUCCCAAAACCUUUGUACUCUUAGUACACAUUUAGGCUUAUUUAGAGUAAAGCGAUUAGCUUUUGGCAUAAAACCAGCGGGGGCUAUCUUCCAAAAAACCAUUGAAACAUUGUUACGUGGUAUACCUAACUGCAUAAAUUUUAUGGACGAUAUUGUCGUCACUGGGCCAGACACUCAUAGCCAUAGCAGAACAUUAACGAUCGUCUUAGGUAAAUUACAAUCUGUUGGAUUGAAACUGAACCCUAAGAAAUGCAUAUUUUUUAUGGAAGAAAUUUCGUACUUAGGUUUUACCAUUGACAAAAAUGGCCUAAGGAAAAACGACACCAAUAUUAGAAGCGUGCUUCACGCACCAAUACCUACAAAUGUAUCUGAAGUUAAGGCAUUCAUUGGAAUGGUAAAUUUUUACUCCAAAUUUGUUCCAAAUUUUGCACAAGAAAUGGAACCUUUUUAUAAGUUAUUGAGAAAAGACACUAAAUUUCAUUGGAAUAACGCCACGAAUUCUGCAUAUGAAUUGUUAAAAAAGGAGAUAACCGGUGACCAAGUGUUAGUUCAUUUUGACAGAGAAAAACCAGUUAUUUUAACAACAGACGCUUGUGAUACAGCAGUGGCUGGUAUUUUAUCACAUGAGUUUGAAAAUGGUGAGCUCAAACCAGUAGCAUACGUUUCACGUUCGCUAUCUCCAGCAGAACGAAAUUAUAGUACAAUCCAAAAAGAAGCCCUUGCCAUCGUUUUUAGCGUAACUAAAUUAUAUCAAUAUUUGAUAGGCAUUAAUUUCAUUUUGCAAACUGACCAUAAACCAUUAAUUUCAAUAUUAGGAGAGCACAAAGGCAUUCCUUUGAUGGCGGCUGCAAGAAUGCAACGGUGGGCAUUCAUUUUGUCUGGUUUUAACUUCAAGAUACGUCAUGUUAAGGGUUCAUUGAAUCACGCUGACACUUUAUCACGCAUACCACAGGCAAAUUAUAUUAACUUUAUUAAUUCGAAUAAUCAACUUCAAUUAAGUUUCAAAAAUAUUCAAAUUGAAACACGAAGAGAUAAAGUUUUGUCCAAAUUGAUAGACGCUGUUCAAAGUGGUACAGUGUCGACCUUAACAGGUGAAGAAUUUAUUCCGUAUAAAAAUAAGGGUAUAGUCAAAACCAAGGCAUUAGCCCGUUCAUUCAUUUGGUGGCCCAAAAUCGAUAGAGACAUUGAAGAUUUAAUUAAAUCAUGUCACGCAUGCAGAUUACAACAGCCCAGUCCAGAAAAAAGUGCAUUGAUUCCAUGGAACGCAGCGGAUCAUGCAUGGUCAAGAAUUCACAUUGAUUAUGCAGGUCCAAUUCACGGAUAUUAUUUGCUAAUAAUUGUUGAUUCUUUUUCAAAAUGGAUUGAGGUGUUUAAAACAAAAACGAUUACAUCGGCAUGCACUAUCAAUUUUCUGAGAGAAACAUUUUGUAGAUACGGUUUACCCGAUAUAAUUGUCAGUGACAACGGAAGGCAAUUUACGUCAAAUGAAUUCGCGGAAUUUAUUAAAAAUAAUCAUAUCAAACAUAUUUUUACUGCACCUGGCCAUCCGGCUACAAAUGGCCAAGCAGAAAAUUCCUUAAAAACAGUAAAAAAGUCACUCUUAGCCAACUUGGAAGACAAAAAACCAAUCGAUUUCGAUUAUUUUUUGAAUAUAUUUCUAUUCGAUUACCGCAUUAGUGUGCAUUGCACCACGGGAGUUUCUCCAUCACAAGUCAUGUUAAACCGAACAUUAAAAUCACGUUUUACAUUGUUGAAACCACCUUUGGUAAAGGAAAGCAUUGUUGAAGCCCAAAAGAAAAAUAUAUCGAAUUUUCGAGGUAAAAGAGAAGUAGCAUUUGAGAUUGGUGAUAAAGUAUACAUUCGUGACUAUACCAAUCCCAACAAGCCAAGCUGGACACCAGCGAAAAUUAAAGAAAAAUUUGGUCCUCGAAAUUAUGGUUGCGUAAUUACUCAAAACGGGAGAGAAAUAAAAAGGCAUUUGAAUCAAAUUCGUGAAAUAAGCACAAGUCAAGAUGUUACACCUGAAUUGAGUACAGCGGCCAUCAAACAGGAGACUCAGCAAACACGAGAACAUACGAAUUUAAGGAGAAGUACUCCCGAUACAAUAGAUGUUCACGCAGUGCCAUCGAAAGGGGAAGAGGUAGUUAAACCAGUCAACGAUGCACUUGAUUCCAACGAAGACGAUUUAAACGAAAAACUUAUUGAAAAAACUCGCAACGUUCCAUCAUCAAGUCGACCAAUUCGAGAGACUGCAAGCAUUGCAAAAGCGAGCAUUGCUGAUCAAUAUCGAAGUAAUUUAGUCUAA